AUGCCUCGUCAACUCCGAAUAUCCCGCUCAUCUCCUCUGGAAUCUCCUCUCUCUUUUCUCUAUCAAACGCCCACAAUCCUUCGCCGGUCCUACGCCAGCGAUGCAUUUGGCGAAAUCGACACGUUGGAGCUCAAACGACAAGCCCGUCAGAAAAUCUCCGCCGACUGGAGCAAAGUCAACCGCUCCCCAACUCGAACCCGGAAAUCCAUAAAACCUAUCCAAUCUCGUCCAAAUCGUCCAGUAAGAUCUUUUGAGCCGCCCACACAUCGCAGGAGAGAGGUGGCCCCUCCUGCACUGGCAGAACGAGAAUGGAUCGACCACGUCCCUUUUGAGGGAAUCCCUGAUCGUCCAGCUACUAUUCUAGAUCGUUUACAGGGCCAAACCAUCACUCGCCAUGAAUUCAAUGUUUUCAAAAACGUUCUCGCGCAAGGUAGUGCUGAGAGUGCUGCUAGAGAAGCCGCUGUCAAAAAGCGCAAGAUACAGGACUCCACGGGAAGGGCAAAGGGUGUGGUGAGAGAAAAGGUGGAGAUGCCGGACUUGUUGAAGCCGCUUGCUGAGGAGGCCGAGGCGAUUUCUGCGGAGAAAGCAAAGCAGGAAGAGGAGAUCCUGGUGGUGGAAGAGGAGAAGCGGACGAAGAAAUAUCGAGAGGGUAUACAGAAGAUGAUGGACGAAGCGACGACGGAUGUCGAGCUUUGGAAUGUCUGGGAGGGGAAAUUAAAGAUGGAUGUUGAGAAUGUUCUGGCGGAGCCCGAGAACGAUGGGAGUACUGAAGAGAAGGAGACGGUGAAUCUCACUACACUCACCGCGACACUCCCGCAACUUCUCUUGCGGAUGAGCGAAAUAUUCCGUGAAAAGUUCCGCGGAAGUGGAUUUUCAUCAGCUCUUCUCCCAAAUCUGCGGAACAUGGGAACUAGAGCUUUUGCAAUGGGCGCCACAACGUCCCUCUUCAACGCCCACAUGCGCUGCCACUUCGAAACAUACAACGAUCUCGAUGGAGUCAUCCGAUUCCUAACGGAAAUGGACAGAGACGUGUAUGAAUUCGAUGAAGGAACACAUCAACUACUUGAGACUAUCUUUGAGAGGGCGGAAAGGGCGGCAAAGCAAGGUGGUGCGGUUGCGAUGCUAUGGAUGACAGAGAGGAAACUCCGAGGCUUGGAUGAAUUGGAGAAAUGGGAGACUGUAGUGGCAGAGAGAAUCGGAAGAGCGCAUGCUAGGAAGAAGGAGUGGGAGAGAGGAGAUAGGGACGAGGUGGGCAUCAGUGUUACUUAG